GUACGUGACUUGACGUCGCAAACCCAGAAGCAGCGCAACAAGGUUGCUCAACACAUUUCGCCGCCUCUCCGAGUGUGUCCGUGUGUUUCUGCCGCAAAGAGCCGGACUGCGUUUACUUUCGGAGUUGACAGCAGGAAACAUUGUAUCUCAGCAAAGAGGUUCCCUCUCAGCUUCAUGGCGUCCGGAGGCCCCGUCAUGAACGGCGACAUCUCUCGCUCUGCCGGUCAGUCGUGCCCGCUGGAGGAAACCCUGCAGCAGAUGCACAUCCUCAUCCAGGAGAACCGAGAACUGAAAGAGGCCCUGCGUCAGACCAACAUGACGAUGAAGGAGCGCUUCGAGGAUCUGUCGGCGUGGCGGGAGAAGCAGCGGCAGGAGCGCGACUUCCUGGAGAGCAGGCUGGAGGAGGCUCGGGGCCGCAUGGAAGAGCUGACCCUCCAAAACCAGGAGCUGAGCACGAGGAGGGACGGAAGGACCGGGGCAGCUCCGGCAGAAUUGCUGGCGGCGUCAUCCAAUCAGAACAGAGCAGAGCUGGACGCCCUGUGCGCCCAGAUUGCUCGCCUGCAGGCAGAGAAGAACGACCUGGUGAGCAUGAACUCCGAGCUGCAGCUGAAGGCGGACCAGGACUCGCACGACGACUCCUUCAUUGAAAUCAUCAGGGUCUCGGAUGAAGGCGUGAACGGUGUGUGUGGUUUGGAGCGCAGCCGACGUCCGGACCUGAGCAUGGCGGCGUCCCGACUGGAAAGCGAGGAGAUGACCGUCAGCCAGCUCCUCCAGUCCCUGAGGAACGAGACGCAGCGGGCCGAGCGGCUGCAGGCCGAGCUUCAGUUCUCUGCUGCCAGGAUAAGAGAGCUGGAGGAGAGGAAGACGGGCGUGGAGAAAGCAACCCAGACCCCCGAGGCCGAGACCAAGGAGGAUUCUGGGAAGGAGGAAAAGGCAGCGUCCGAGGUGGAGAAUCUGAAGUCUCAGACGAUGACGCUGUUCAAGGAGCUGCAGCAGGCCCAGAGCAAGCUGGACGAAGCUGAAGGCAUGAAGAAGAACCUGCAGGACAGAUGCCGGGAGGUGGAGCAGGACGUGGUCACUCUGAAGGCUCAGCUGGUGGAGAAGCAGGCUGUUCAGACGGAGAACGACCGGCUGAAGCUGCAGGUGGACAGCAUGCAGGCUCAGAGCCUGAUUGAGCAGAGGAAGAACGGGGAGGAGAGGAACAACCUGGCCCAACUGAAGGAUGCCUACACCAAGCUGUAUGAAGACUACAAUGAGCUCAUGGAGGAGAAGAAGAAGAGAGAGUCUGUGCUGGUGCAGAAGGCGGUGGUGGACGAGCUGCAGGACCGGCUGAGUGUCGCCGAAGAGGCCCUGGCUGUGAAACAGAACCACAUCGACAACAUGAAGCAGGAGAUCUUCAGCAAGGAGGAGGAGCUGCAGACGAUAUCCGUGUUCCAGGCUCAGGCGGAGGUCUACUCCUCUGACUUCUACGCAGAGCGAGCAGCGAGGGAGAAACUCCACGAAGAGAGGGAGCGUCUGGCUGCUCAGCUGGAGUACGUGAAGAAGCAGAACAGCCAGCUGCAGGAGGAGUUGGACUCGCUGGGCAGGCAUUCGCUGAACGAGAUGCAGAAGAGACAUGUGUCACUGGGAGGGAAUCCACACGGAGCCGGCGCCAGUCUGGUCGGAAGAGGUACCAACUGGCAGCAUCAGGGUAAUAUUCCCGAACACGCCUGUCCCAAGUGCAAUGAGAUCCUGCCGGACCUGGACUCCCUUCAGAUCCACAUCAUGGACUGCAUCAACUAAACUCCCUUUAGUUGCCUUUAGCACCUUUUUAAUCCGAGUCUUCCUCUCCUUCUACCCGCCUCUCUUCUCAACACAGUUCCACGUUGAACCCAGUAGCAUUCACUUUACACUAUUUACACUUUUCUCUGAAAGGAAUUACUCUCUAGUUUGUUAAAUUUGAGAAUUCCUUCGUAAGAUUUGAAUCCAAACAAAAUAUUGUCGGACUCAUCUUGCAGGUUGUCAGGAACUUUGAUAAGAUUAUAGUUUGGCGAAUGUGUGCAUGACCGGCAGAACAUGCCAAAUGAAUGGCAUGUAUAUGUAUAUUUAUACAUUUAUGUUCUUUUUGAAUUCCUUUUAAAAUUCCCUUUAAAUAUUAAAAUUUAAUUUGAUCUAUAUUCUUUGGUUGGAAAGAUCUUUUCGCUCAUGACUUGGUUGUUGGCGUACGCACCAUGUAGGCACUUUAAUAUGAUUAUAUAUAUUAUUCAGAAGAUACCUGUUAAUUAGAAUGUAAUAUAUUUAACUUGUUUAUUAAUCCGUCUCUGGAAGCACCAGCCUUUAUACGUCCAUGUGCCGGAGGCUCCAACACCACACGCAGUCAUAUGGAGAUUAUUUCGGAUUUCGGAUUCCAUGUUGUACUUCUGUGAAUGAAAAUAAAAUAUGCAAAUUUC